UUAUCUAGAUUGGAAUCGAGAGCUUGUGGUUGAGAUCAUGAAGGGAAGUUAUAUUGAAUAUACCAAAAUUGUUCUAAGACUUGUGGGCAAUUUGGAUCUCUCGAGCAACAACUUAAUAGGGCCGAUCCCUGAAGAACUCACUUUCCUUGCGGGAUUGCAAGGGUUGAACUUGUCGCACAACCUUCUUUCUGGAGGCAUUCCCAUUGGCAUCGGGGACAUGAAGUCACUCGAGUCUCUUGAUCUUUCCAACAAUCGCCUCUCAGGAACAAUUCCGCCGGGCAUUUCAGCAUUAACAUACCUAGCCCACCUCAACCUGUCGCGCAACAACUUCACGGGGCAGAUUCCUAAGGGCUAUCAAAUGCAGACCCUCAUCGAUCCUUCCAUUUACGCAGGCAAUCCUCUACUCUGUGGCGAUCUUCUGAGAAGAAAAUGUCCUGAUGCUGAGGCGCCUCAAGCACCGAAAAUCUCUCAACCUGAAGAUAUACAUGAAGAGGAUAAGGGAUUGUUCUAUGUGGUUGUAAUGCUUGGAUUUGCAACUGGGUUUUGGGGCUUUUUCGGAGUAUUGCAGUUCAAGAAGGAUUGGAGACGUGCAUAUUUCAACUUUGUGGAUCAAGCAAUAGACAAGGCAUAUGUGGCGAUAGCCGUGAAGGUAGCCAAGUUGAAGAGACUGAGACAGUCAAGAACUGCUUAA